CAACUAUCCCACUAUCCCACAUCCCACUAUCCCACUAUCCCACUAUCCUCUCUACACCACACUACGCCGCCUUCACCAAGCUCUCAGCUUUGCUCUUCCUCGGCGAGGGAGAGAGAGACAAAUUUAAAAUCUCGCCUCUCUUCCCCCGUGCGACCUGUCAUGGAGGAGAUUAAGAGCACAACCCGCAGAUUGACCAAGAAACCGCCUCCACACCUCCACCACUCACUCCACCAGUCAGUCUCUCGCGCCUCCGAUUCCACCUCCAACUCUCGACUUGACAACCUCUCAAUCCACAGUCAACGCAGUUCCACCAGCCUACAACGCGCACCCUCUGCGCCUUUUCCGCGCACGCAUAACAACAACUACUCUGGCCACGUGCGAACGAUAACGUCGCCCAGUUUCACCGCGUACAGCUCUUCAAACUCGUCUCUCGAUCGCCCCGACGGCGGUCCAUCCCCAAUCCUGGCGGGAAACGAGCUACACGCCCCCUCGGGGGCGCAGAAUGUGGCGAAGCGACACUCCAACCCGCAACCGCGCGGUCUGCUCGAGACAUCAUCCGAAGAAUUCGUCGGCGUGCCGUUUGAUGGGACGGGCAUACUCAAUCAGAUGCAUGCGACGAAGGCGUCUGGAUUCCAGAACUCGCUGCGGCGGCCGCCACCCCCACCUCUCUCGCAUACGAGCCCGUUGCCACAGACCACGAGCCCGGCGUUAAGGCAGUCGGCGAGCUUUUCGAACGACCGCAAUGAAAAAAAUGUAUCUGGGACGACGGAGAAUCAGAUAAUUAGUCCGAAGAGGUACUCGGACGAGACGAAUCAACCGAAGAAUUUCGCUUUGCGCAAGAAGACAGGGUUUUCAGGGUUCAUGAACAGCUUAGUUGGGUCCCCGCGGCGCGUUAAUAUCUCGGCACCAGAGAAUCCAGUACACGUCACGCACGUAGGGUACGAUAAUGACACAGGGAAGUUUAUUGGCCUCCCAAAGGAAUGGCAGCGAUUACUUAACGACAGCGGUAUCACGAAGAAGGAACAGGAACAAAAUCCACAAGUGGCUUACGAUAUUGUGAACUUCUACAAGGACAAUGCAGGAAAGGCAGAAGAUGACACCGUAUGGGAGAAGUUCGACCAUGCGCGAGCGCAAGACCCGCGGACUCCUGGGACGAUGUCCCCGCGGACGACAUGUCCCAACCAUGUGGCAGCGAUGAACCCGAUGAUAAGCCCGCCUGCGAGUCCUCGAUUCCCACCUACGGAAACAAGCUUUGAGAAUCCACGGUCGCCGCCACCGGUACCCCGCUCGACGCCGAUGAUGGCUACUGGGCCCUUUGUUCCAAAAGAUACCGCGUUAGUGCCGAGCAGGCCAGCCCCAAAACCGCCAGCCGGUGGUCCAGGCCGGGCUGCUCCUACCCCUCCAAUAAUCGUCAAAGAUAUUGGCGUUCCGCAACAAAGCACCGAUCUUCCCGCGUUGGCCUACGUCCCUCCGGCUGAAUCCCAGAAUGGAAUGGCUAUGCUACCCGAAGAACACCGUUCGCGCUCAAGGUCGAAUUCGAAAGCAGCCGGACCAUCGCCGUACGCCCCGCCGCCACAGCAACAGCAACAGCAGCAAGCGCAGCCACAGCCAUUGUCACCACAGCAGAUUUAUCAACAGCAAAUAGUAAAGCAACAGGAGCAAGCAAUGACCCAGGCGCAACAGGUCAUGAGCGUGCAGCGCAGCCAGAGCAAGCGCCAACAAACCCAGCAGCCAACCCCGCCCCACUCCCAACACCAACCCGCCCGCGCCGCAGCAGACCCCGAUGGCAUCCCAGCCCCUAACACGCAAGCGCGGAAUGUGCCAGGACCGCGCCCGCGCCAACGCGCGCGACAGAGCACGAGCCUGGAUAUCAUUGACCGACUUAAGAGGAUCUGCACAGAUGCCGACCCGCGCGAGAUUUACAGGAACCUGAAUAAGAUUGGACAGGGAGCGUCUGGCGGCGUUUAUAUGGCGUAUGAGCGCGUGACUAACCGCUGCGUUGCGAUCAAGCAGAUGAACCUUGAGCAGCAGCCGAAGAAGGAUCUGAUUAUUAAUGAGAUCUUAGUGAUGAAGGAUAGCUCGCAUCCUAAUAUUGUGAACUUUAUCGAUAGUUACCUUGUUGGUGGCGAUUUGUGGGUCACGAUGGAGUACAUGGAGGGAGGUAGCUUGACGGAUGUCGUUACGUUCAAUAUCAUGACUGAGGGCCAGAUUGCGUCUGUCUGUCGCGAGACACUCAAGGGGCUGCAGCAUUUGCACUCCAAGGGUGUUAUCCACCGCGAUAUCAAAUCGGACAAUAUCCUCCUCUCCAUGGAUGGCAACAUCAAACUUACCGACUUCGGCUUCUGCGCCCAAAUCAACGAAUCCCACAACAAGCGCACCACCAUGGUCGGCACCCCCUACUGGAUGGCCCCCGAAGUCGUCACGCGCAAAGAGUACGGCCGCAAAGUCGACAUCUGGUCACUCGGCAUCAUGGCCAUUGAGAUGAUCGAGGGCGAGCCGCCGUACCUCACCGAGUCGCCGCUUCGCGCCCUCUGGCUCAUCGCCACUAAUGGCACACCGGCUAUCAAGGAUGAGGCGGCGCUGUCGGCCGCGUUUAGGGAUUUCUUGUACUUUGCGCUCAAGGUUGAUCCGGAUAAGAGGGCGUCGGCUCAUGAUUUGUUGAGGCACGACUUCAUGAAACUCUGCUCCGACCUCAACCAGCUCUCCCCACUCGUCGUCUCGGCGCGCAAAGCGCGCCAGCAAGAGCGCGCCAUGAAGGGGAACUAAGAUACCCAGCCUAGCGUUGCGCAAUCGCCUGUAUCGUGUGCACCCCCUUUUCUUUUGGGGUUCUUUUAUUUUUGUGACAGUUUGUUUAUUUUUGGAAUGCGAUUGCAGUCUGUGACAGAGACUCAGCAUGGCGUUUUGGGUGAUUUGCCAUGGGGCACAAACUUCUCAACUCGGAUGUAGUGGAGAGAGGAAUGAAAGAGAUGUGAAUGGAGAUAUGAAUGGAGGGUGGAGACAUGAGGAGGGGGUGCGGAAUACCAAGAACUUUUUCGAAAAAAGUCGAUGAGCGUUUUUAAAGAGGAGGUUAUUUGAAAAAUUUCUUUUGUUUUUGAGAGGAUGUGAUGCAGAGAUGAGGACGAUGAGUGGGGGGGAGGUGUAUAUAUCAUGCCGUAUUACAUGGCCUGUGAUCUAGGACUGGACCGGACAGGACAGGAUGAGGCGGGCUCUCAUGAGACCCUUUGGCGGUUCAUUUAAGGGUACGAUUUUUUGAUGGGAGGAUAUGUAUGGAGAAUUUAUUUGCCCGCCCAAGAGAUAGCUGAUUGCUGGAUGAAAGGGGUUGGGUGGGUAAAAGCUUGGAUAGAACGCUAGUGAUCAUGGAUCUAAUCUCCGCCCUUUGCUCGCUUUACUUGCUUGAUCUAUUCUUAUUCUUGUGGAUGUCUGGGUGUUGCAACUAACUGCUCCCACCUCUACACCAUGCAUAUAUCGGUAGGAUGUUCUUGCAGCUCACUUGCCACUGAUAAGCUGGGCAGUUUUGAUACGAACUGCGACUCGCAUCUGGAGAAAAUGUCAGUGCAGUGCUGAGAAAAUCAACGAACAACCGAGUGCGAGCAAGCGAACUGCUUCGAAUGCGAGAUGUUUGUGGCCGAAUCUCAUGAUUGCAAGGAUGACGACGAAGCUACAGCCGCGACGGCAAGAGGGCCACGACAGCAACAGGGCCGCGUAUCAAUAUACCGAUGGACCCCACCCCGAUAUGCACCACACACAAAAUCGUGUGCACGCCGCCGUUAUCGGUGCCGCUCCACCAAUCUCGAAGUCAGCUUCGCCGCAUAGUCGGCUGUAGCUUGAAGCGUUCGUGAUGUGAUCAUGACGCCAGGUGGAAAUCUUGUAGGCAGCAGCAGAUCCACGAUAGCAAUGGAGCCAGGCUGGGGAAGAUAGGUAGAGCUUCUUCUCUCUCGUCAUUAUCGUUGAGGUACGAUAUUGCGGGCAGCGCCACGUUGGAGAUCAUGCUCAAACGGCUCAGCUCUGAGCCCCUCCACAAAGCCCUUUGAACAAUACCGAUCUUGAAUAAUUCAUCAUGUGGGAGGGAUUGUUAUUACAGCAUCUCGACUGGGGUAGCAUUAUCCAUGGUUUAUCAGCCCUCCUCCAGUCAUAACUAAGUUGAGUCCAAUAAGCAUUGUUUAAAUAAAUGGACAGGAUACAGAGUACCACAACCAGUAGGGAUAUA